GCAGUAAACGAAUCAAAAACAGUGUUAAGCAAAAAAAAAAAAAAACGAAGUGUUAACAAUUCACAAAAUGUAUGCCAAAGUGUGUGUAUUGCUUUUGGCCAUUGGCCUGAGCCAGGCGCUGCCCAAGUCGCUGUUGCCCGAUGUUGGCCUAAUGCAGUUUAUGAUGAAAUCCCGCGAUCUUAGCCAAGAUAAUCCCGCACGCUCGCUGUCCUGCUUCGACACUUAUCUGCCCUUACUGAACGACAUAUCCCAGGAUUUCCAGAAAGCCUACGCCCAGUGCCUGGCGACGGCUGACGCAUCUCGCCUGGGCAUCGAUGACAACACCAAGGAUGAUCGCAACCAGAUCGAUUCUGAAGCGACCUCUGCCUGCGAGGCUCUCACGACGUGCAGUCAAAGCACAGCAGCCAUUGACUACUUUGAGUGCUACUCGCAAGCCGGCAGCGACAAUACCAAGGUCAUGUACACGAUCUCGGCCAACUCGGCGGAGCUGUUGGCUCAGGUGCGCGAGGAGUACCGUCUGAUUGAUAUUGUCCAGUAUGAAUGCACCAACAAAUCGGAGCGCGCCUAUGUUGAGAAUACGGCGGCCACCUAUGAAAACUUGGAUAGGUGUCUGGCGGGUCUUGAGCCAUUGACAACCACAUCUGCUCCCACUACUGCUCCCACAGCUGCUCCCACAACUGCUCCAGCUGAAUCGACUCCAGGACCAACCACAGCUGCUCCAGCUGAAUCGACUCCAGGACCAACCACAGCUGCUCCAGCUGAAUCGACUCCAGGACCAACCACAGCUGCUCCAGCUGAAUCGACUCCAGGACCAACCACAGCUGCUCCAGCUGAAUCGACUCCAGGACCAACCACAGCUGCUCCAGCUGAAUCGACACCAGGACCAACCACAGCUGGCGGUUUACCCGAGGAGGAUUUGUCCAGCUUGUCUGAGCAACAGAACAAGCUGAAGCAGAUGAUGGAUGAAAUGAAGAAAUGGUUCAACCGCCAUUAAGCGAGCAUUUAGAAUAGGUCAAGUGCGCAACAGUAUAAAUAUCAGUACUUAACAACUUAAAUACAUAUAUUAUUUAUAAAGACAA